GAGGGCGGGCGGCUGAGGCAGAGGAGGGCAGCUGCCGCCGCCGCCGCCGCUUUAAAGCUUCCCGGCGCGGCGCCGCGCAGCACCCGCGCUCCCCCCGGCCGGGCGCGCCGAAGCGCGGAGCCGGCAGCGGCGCCGAGGGACGCGGGUGCCCCGGCCCCGGCGCGGAGCCUCCGCCGCCGCCGCUUCCCGCCCAGGGGCACCCGCGGCCAUGCGAGGCGGCCGCCCCCGCGGCCGCCCGGCUCGGCGCUGCCCGCCGCGGCUGCCCGCCGCCCCGCGCUGAGCCGAGCCCAGCCGAGCCGAGCCCAGCCGAGCCGAGCCGCCCCGCGGCACCAUGUCCCGGCGCAAGAUCUCCUCCGAGUCCUUCAGCUCGCUGGGCUCGGACUGCCCGGAGACCAGCCCCGAGGAGGAGGGCGAGUGUCCCCUGUCCCGCCUCUGCUGGAACGGCAGCCGCAGCCCCCCCGGCUCCGCCGACACCCCCUUCGCCGCCGCCGCCGCCGCCGCCGCCGCGGCCAGCGCCGGGGCGCGCCGCGCUCCGCGCCGCCGGCGGGUCAACCUGGACUCUCUGGGCGAGAGCAUCCGCCGCCUGACGGCCCCCGCGCCUCAGACCAUUCGGCAAACUCUUCAAAGGACACUGCAGUAUUUUGAGCAUCAAGUUAUUGGGUACAGGGAUGCAGAGAAGAACUUUCACAACAUAUCAAACAGAUGCUCCUAUACAGACUGCUCUGGCAAUGAAGAAACUGAAGAUGUCUCAGGAAUUCUCCAGUGCACAGCUAAUGUUCUUGGUCUGAAGUUUGAGGAAAUGCAAGAAAAGUUUGGGGAGGAAUUCUUCAAUAUCUGCUUUGAUGAGAAUGAGAGAGUUCUUCGAGCUGUAGGUGGGACCCUUCAAGACUUCUUCAAUGGCUUUGAUGCUUUGCUGGAGCACAUUAGAACUUCAUUUGGAAGACAGGCCACCCUGGAAUCCCCUUCUUUCCUAUGCAAAGAGCUCCCCGAAGGCAAUCUCAUGCUUCAUUACUUUCAUCCACAUCAGAUUGUGGGAUUUGCAAUGGUGGGAAUGAUAAAGGCAGCAGCAAAGAAGAUUUACCGCUUGGAAGUCGAAGUAGAACAGGUCACUAAUGAUAAAUUGUGUUCAGAGGGGACGAACCCAGGUAACUGCAGCUGUCUGACUUUCCUUAUAAAAGAACAUGAAAAUGCAAAUAUCACAAAAGCACUUCCACCGGGAACUUCCCAGUCCCCCUUAGACCUGAGGAUUAGCAUCAGCACCUUCUGCAGAGCUUUUCCCUUUCACCUGAUGUUUGAUCCAAACAUGCUGGUUCUCCAGCUUGGAGAAGGUCUUAGGAAGCAGCUCAGGUGUGACACUCAUAAAACUCUGAAAUUCCAAGAGUGCUUCGACAUAGUUUCUCCUAAAAUCAGUGCCACAUUUGAACGAGUUCUCCUGAGAUUAUCUACUCCCUUUGUCAUUCGGACCAAAGUUGAGGAUUCUGGCUCUGAAAAUAAAGACAAGGUGAUGGAAGUUAAAGGACAAAUGAUUCAUGUGCCAGAAUCAAAUUCGAUUUUAUUUCUGGGUUCCCCCUGUGUGGACAAGCUGGAUGAACUGAUGGGCCGAGGCCUCCAUCUUUCAGACAUACCUAUCCAUGAUGCUACUCGUGAUGUCAUAUUGGUUGGGGAGCAAGCAAAAGCCCAGGAUGGCUUGAAAAAACGAAUGGAUAAACUGAAGGCAACACUAGAAUGCACACACCAAGCCCUGGAAGAGGAGAAAAAGAAAACAGUAGAUCUCCUUAUUUCUAUUUUCCCUGAAGAAGUGGCUCAGCAGUUGUGGCAGGGGCAGCAGGUUCAGGCCAGGAAGUUUGAUGAUGUCACCAUGCUCUUCUCAGACAUUGUUGGCUUCACUGCCAUCUGUGCACAGUGCACGCCCAUGCAGGUCAUUAGCAUGCUGAACGAACUCUACACGCGGUUUGACCAUCAGUGUGGAUUCCUGGACAUCUACAAGGUGGAAACAAUAGGUGAUGCGUACUGCGUUGCAGCAGGGCUCCAUAAGAAGAGUCUUAGUCAUGCUAAAGCCAUUGCCCUGAUGGCACUGAAGAUGAUGGAGCUUUCAGAAGAGGUUCUCACUCCAGAUGGGAGCCCUAUUAAGAUGAGGAUAGGCAUUCACUCAGGAUCCGUGCUGGCCGGUGUUGUUGGUGUAAGAAUGCCACGUUAUUGUCUCUUUGGGAACAAUGUCACCCUUGCAAGCAAGUUCGAGUCAGGAAGUCACCCACGACGCAUCAAUGUCAGUCCAACCACAUACCAGCUUUUGAAAAACGAAGAAAAUUUUAUUUUUAUCCCUCGUUCCCGUGAAGAGCUUCCAGAAAACUUUCCAAAGGAAAUUCCUGGGAUCUGUUACUUCCUCGAGGUCAGAAGUGGUCAGAAGCCGCCAAAACCCUCCAUCACAUCUGCCAGAGUGAGAAAGGUUUCUUACAACAUUGGCACCAUGUUCCUCCGGGAGACUAGCCUAUGAGGCCUGCUGCAGAUCAAAGACUCAUCAAAAAAGCACAAGCCCAGAACUGGGUCAUGACAGGGGAGUUGGAGGUUCUUUCUAUUUCACUGCCUUGUUCUGAACAAGCAGUAAAAGCUCCAUGUAAUGUCAGGCAAUAAUAAUUUUAAAAGAUGGGUAACUGCUGUCAGUAAACAAAGUAGAGAUAGGGAAAAAAAAUUAAACAACAUACUUCCACUUCCAGAGGAAUUUCUUUCAUAAACUUCAGUCUGGCCCCUCUAUGACGAACAACAACAAACAAAACAAAAAAUACCCCCAACUCUCAAAUUAGAGGUUGGUUUUGUUUUGUGCAGAAAGGAUGAUGGUUCUCUGUAGAUUUGCACCAGCUAAGCAGAAUUGAGAGUCAGUUCUGAUUAUGCAUUCCUACAUCUAAUGUGUUCUUCAGUAAGGUAAUGAUGUUUUUUAACUUUAUGAACAAACAUUUCAUACAUAUACUGUAGACCUGUUGUAACCUUCCUGGCAGGAGGAACUAUAAUUCAAUACAAAUAUUGUAGGAAUUUUACCUAUUUUUAUACAUAUUUCACUUUCUGGAUAAUUACAUUCCACAUACUAUAAGCUGAGUGAUCUUAGACAGCUUUUCAGAAGAAGCUAGUGUAUAUUUCGUACAUUCUACGUAUCAAACCUUAUUGUUAUACAAGUGGGAAGAAGUCAUUUUUUGACUUUUUGGCAACAAAAAUAUUGAUGUUUUACAGUAAAAACCACUUUGGUAAAUCUCUUUACCUGAUGUUUAUGCUAAAGCUUUAGACGAGCAUUGUCUUGCUUAUAUAAAAUAAUGUUCAGUAUUUGUCCUACAGUGCUGUAUGUCCAGUCCUUCCAGGACAAUGCAAACAAAGUGUAGAAGAUCAACGUGUUGACAAACAGAAAAAUUCUGUUCACUGGGGCUAAAUUAUCAGCCAAAGUGAUUUUUGGUAGAAGUCCUGCACUUUUUUAACAAAUACGAUCUUUUGAAAACUUACAUCUAAGCAAUUCCAACAGACACUGGAAACUCUCUGGAUACUGGUUUUCCAUAUUUUUUUAAUAGGACUUGUGCUCCUACUCCAGUUAGAUUAUUGAAAAUCUUGUCUGUUAUUAAUGAUGCUCAUCUGGAAAUUUCCUCUGUUGCUGGAUUGGCUGAAAGGUCCCCUGCUUUAUCUAAUGUAGAUAGAAAAAAAAGAAAAAAACACUGAAAAGGGGAAGGCAGUGCUUUCCCAGGUUUAAUGCAACUGAAAGUUCAAGAUUUAGAUGAGUCCAUGUCAGUUUUUUUAAAAAAAGGACCAUUCUUUGCUGUUGAAAAUGAAUAUAGCUUUAUUGUCUUCAAUAAAUCCAGUUAGAACAAGAUGUGGAUCUGUCCCCUAAUAGGCACAUUUUCAGGCAUUGUUUGUUUCUCAGGUUUUCCUUUUCAAAAAUAAUGGCAGUCAGUUUCCCUCUGCAGGUGUACUUCCUUUAGGGCUGUCCUGAAGUGGGCCAGUGUUAUUCUGCUCUUGCAGAUUGUUAGUUAACACUUGUGCAGUGAUUCUGAAGCAGCUUAGCUUUAUGUGGGCCUGAUCAAAGCUCACUGAAAUCAAAGAUAAGACUCAACAGCACUAGGAGGCAUGAGAAGCUCUGCAUUUCUAUAAUCCAGACCAGAAAUUAGUUUACUUACGGAUUUGGUAGUCAUAACUUGAGGCACCUUUUGAAAAAAAGUAAAUAACUUUCACCACAUGUCCAAAUUAUGCAGUUAGACCUUUCUGUGGAGGGAAUGACAGUGCUCUAUUUCUCCCCUUUGACCAGUAGCCCAUGUUAGAGUGGGAACAAAUCAGUGUGGCACCACUAACCUAUGCUGAAUAUGCUUCAGGUUUCCUUUCCCUGAAGCCUUUCUGGAUGAGAAAGGACUAUCUUGAACCUAUACAGACUUCAGCAUGUAGAGGACAUCUGAACUUAUUAUGCAGGUGUGGUUUUUUCCUUGCCUGAAGAGGGUAGAUGCAUGGGAAUUAGCCCAGAAAUGUACUUAAAUGGAAAUUCCCUCGCUUUCUAGAGGAACACUGAUGUUAAAGAUUUCUUCCAUUGAUAUUAGAGCAUCCUUGGGAUUGGAGGAGUUAAUCUUUUUAUCUACCUUAUUGAAGAGCAUCUGCAGCUCUACUGCCUAUCUGAAAAAUGACUUAACAAAAACUGUUUGAGCUUGAGGUUACAGAAUUUCCAUCCAAACUACAGAUCUGAAAAUUUUAUUCAUAGGGUGACAAGUUUUAGCCUAUAGCCAUUAGUUUGCACACACAUGGGAUGUAGCAUGCAUUUUUUUCCCUGGGAACACCAGUGAAAGAUUAAAGAAUCAAAAAUGGAUCAAAGUUCAUGGUUCACUACUGGAAGAGGAACACCACUUCCUAGUUAAUAAAGCUGUGGUCUUGAUGUCAUUACCUAGUUCCCUAGAGUGAAUUUUUUUUUCAAAUAGCUAUCAAUAGAUUGAGAUUUCAUUCUGACUUCACUGGCACAUCCUCAUUGUUCACUAGGUGCUGAUGUCAGAGUACCAAUCUCUCGGGCCAGACUUUUUCUCUUCUUACCACCCCUAGUCCUCUGUGAAGAGAGCAAACAUAGAGGUUCAGACCAAAGGCUUGUAGUUCAAUAACCUGUCUCUCACAGUUGCCAAUAGGAAAUGUCUAGGUUAAUUCUGUGGCUGAUCUUGGUAGAACUAUGGAAACAUUUUCAUGAUGAAUAAAUGCUAAUUCACUAGCAAAUUGGAGAAGCAAUGUAAAAAAUUUUGUAGCACCAUCCUCAUCCUCUCAAGUGCCUGUUUGUUCUAUAAGGAAUUUUAUAAUCACAGAGAUCAGUGCAAAAACUGCAAAUUGGUGUCAGCAUCACCAUGGAGACAAUGAUAGUGUUUGCAAAUAAAUCAUCUAGCUCCCCAAAUUAGAGUAGAUUUACUGUAUAAGAGUAUACAGUCUCUACUUUUUAUAAGCUUGUGUAAAGGUAAUGUGUGGAUGCUAAGUGCUUUGGUAUUUGUUUCUGUGUUAUGCCAAGGGAAGUUAAUAGAAAAGUGUGGGCUUUUUAGGGACAUUUUUCUAUCUCAGUGUGAGAAAAGUGUAAAAUAUAUUCUCAGCACUCUUCAACUUAGUAGUUGCAUCUGUUGCCUUUAAUAUUAGGUUGCAAGUUUAUCUUUUUUGGACACCCCUGUGAAGUGAAUUGAAUUUUUUUGUCAAGGUUGAUGCUGUGAAGUCAAUUAGAUGGUAGUCAGACUCAACAUUUCUUCAACAAAUUUUCCUUUUAGUGAUAGGGAGCCUUUCUCAUUUGCCUGGCAUUGUCUUAAUGAAUAAAAGGGUUCUUGGAGUUUUUAUACCUUGGGCAAUGAGGUGGAGAGGUUAGAGGUGCUGAAAUGGAUGCAGAAAUCACAUACAAUAGCUGGAAUUUUCCUCUAAUAUUUUCCUUCCUAUAAAACAGAUUAUCUUUUUUUUCUCUGAUCAAGAAUUUACACACCUGUGUUUCUUCAUGUGGCUCAAAGUAGCAACAUCGCUGUCUUGAGUUUCUGUACCAAACAAAUUUCUCUGAAGAUAGAGGGAGGAUACCUGCUGCAUAUUGUCUGUACAGGGCAAAGGAAGGUUGAUGUGAGGAGCCUAGCUGGGGUCAUCGGUCUCUUUGCAGUAAACUUGUUCUGUGCAGCUUAGAGCUCUGCUUCAGGCUCAGAGGGACCAGAGGCCAUGGACUGAUCACAGAGGCAGACCCAGUGGCCAACUUCUUGUACAAAAGUCAUGAGGCCUAAGUAAACAGAGGCAACGGUCAUUCCCCUGGAGGACUUGUUACAGAUCUUGUGUCAGAUUCUUCCAUCUGCUUGAAGCUCCCAUCACAGAAUCUCUUCUGUGAUGCAGUGCAUAGAGGUCAGGAGCUUCCUUCUUAGGAAGUAGCGAUGGAGGUGGUAGAGUGGUGGAUAAAUUUGGUUCUACAUCUCUCUGGUAAUGUCUACCGUUCAAGGACAAAAGCCACUGCAUGGGAGAAUUGCUGCUCAGCCAGGACUCUCAAAGUGUGGUUUUCAUGCAGAUCCCACAGAAUAUUUCUUUUUUAAGUCCAAAGAGCCAAUAGUCAUUAACUGUGGUUGUGGUUUUGGCUUCACUGCUUAUUCCCACAUCUAGUUUCAGAUCUGAGUCUGUUUCCAAAGGCAUUCUGGAGCCUGGAAACAUGCCUCUGCAAACAGAAAACCAAAGCUUUUGGUUUUCUUGGAAAUCUUCUGUGGGAAUUGCCUAUUCUGAAGAAACCCUUACAGUUGAGUCAUUAGCAGGUCCUAUUGCGGUUCACAUGUGUGCAUAUGCCAUUUGACGCUAUGUCCUCCUGUGUUUACAGUGUUCCCUACCAAGCCCAGGUAUAGGAGGUGUAACCACUUUCUUUCUGUUUUCCAUUAACAUCCCUCUUUCAUUUUUUUUCCAUAUAAAACAAGAAGUGCAGAGCCAUGACACAUUGCAUGCAUUUGAAAGUAUCAUAGCACUGUACUGAGGCUUAAACUCUGCUAACUGAUUUCACAUUAUAUUACUUCAUCUGAAUAGAUCCUUCUCCCAGAUGAUUUAAAAAUGAAGAAAAAAAUACCACCUGUCCCGAGCUGCAAAUGAGUAUGAAACCUGCAUCAGUUGUUGGGGCAAGUUUAACUGCUGGACAGCUUUCAGAUUCUACAGCUGCCAGAGCCUGUCACACUGCCAUGCUUCCUGCAAACUGUCCUGCCAAGAAGUCUGUAGUCCAACCACAGCAUGGCAAACUUAUGGCAUUUUCUGGGCUUUCCUCUUUCAGUUGCAGGCCACUGCCUCACCUCUGCUGAGUGCUCAGAGCUCACUGAGGAGAGCUAAUUUCCUAUCCUAGUGCAGUCUCAGAGCUUCUGACUUCAUUUUUUUGUUCUGGUGAUCUUUUGCAAAAUUAUACAUGUUUCAUGUUGGAAAUAACAACAUGCUUUUAUAUUAGCAACAAAACAAGAAGCAUAAAAAGCUUGUCAAACUCAGAGACAGUUGGUUCUCUUCCUUCAAGGUAAGCCAUUAUUCAUAGCACUUCACUGUGAUUGAGGGUGCCAGUGACAGCAGAGGCUGUGGAUGAACUGAAGAUGCUGAGUGUGCAGGAGACUUGGCAGGUAGGAGUUGAUCAGCUCAUGCUACUGUUCAUAAUUCCAUCACCUUGCAUGCCAUUUCCUGCUCUUGGUCAGAUUUCUGCUCUUCCUUUAGGACCCUGUAUAUGACACAGAUAGUGAGCAAUUCCUCAUAUUUUUCUUAUUAGCAUCUGUUGUUGAGAUAGCUGCUUAUGUCUAAAUAAUAACUAGGAUUAAAGGGCUGAUCUUACUUGUCUUUGCAGCAAAGACAAAAUUGCUACAGUGACACAGCAGGCACUCACAUCUUUAGGGAGAAGACCAUAGUGCAAGGUGUCACUGGUGGAUUUGGGUGAAGUUAGUAUAUUAACAGUCCGUGGUACGUUUUUAACUUUCCCAAGCACUAAAUUUAUCCAUGCAGCUAGGAGUUAGUCCUUAACAAUGUUAUUAAUUUGCAAAGCAUGAGCAGCCUUACAACAAAAAUCUGUAAACUGUUUAGCCUCAUAUACGUGAUUGAUCUUUUGUGGCUUGGCUAUUAAUCAUUCAUGAAAGCAAGCAAAGCAGUGAAACUGGGGAAUAUAACAAUUCAGUCAUAGGUGACAGAUCAUUCACCUCCGCAGAUGCUUACUUGUUCCUGUGGCUUAGAAAGGUUGACCUCCAGUUAUCUGUGGUCCAGGUUAGUAUCACUGUGUGUCACUAUAGCAACAAAAUGGCCUCUGAAGAAACAGCAUGAGGUUUCUCAGUCUGCUUCCCUGCAGGCUGGGGUUCACAUUAGAGAGGCCAAUUCAGAAACUGAUGCUUUGCUGGCAGCCUUAACAAAAGGAUCAGUGGAGGCAGAUGCUAAACCGGCUGUUUGCUCCUGGGAUCUUAGUUACCAAAGGCAGAAUGAGGCUGAACAUGUUUUAUUUUGGACAAAAAGCGAAGACUCAGGAUUUCAGAGAAACAAGCACCUUCCCUGCUUUAUGGCUAGCAGGGAGGCAGCAGAGUGAAAGGGCAUCAAGAGGGACACACUGGCUGCCUCGGCUGCAGCAGCGCUCAUUUCUGCCUUCAGCUUUCCGGCCCACUUCAUCUUUAGCAUUCCAAGAACCAAGUUUCCUCUGAAGACUGGGGGACAGGUAAGCGCUUCAGGCACUUGUCCCCUCUGCUCUAGACACAGCAUAAGGUUGACUAAAUCCCUGAGUGUGUUUAACUUUCUCAGUGACCCAGAGGGCAAACUUAGACGAGACAUCUGUUUUUUAAGAUGGCCAAGGUAAGUGAGAUUGAUCCCACUGAAUUAAGCUCUUUCCAGCCCAAGUGCUGUGUCUCAAAUCUUUUAGUCUGUGCUGCUUUUCAGAGUUUUGCAUUGGCCAAAAUAAAUUGAAUUGAACUAAGUGGCAGAGGGAUAGAUUAGGAUUUCCAGGAUAAAUAGAGGUUUGAUACGGUAGCCAUGGCGACUGUCAAGAACAGGGGCUACUGCAGUUCUGGAAAUCUCUUCCUUCUGGUGUCUGAACCCUUUAGAUAUGAUGUCAGCACUGCCAAUCACAAGUCCUGGAUGCUAUUAGGACUGUGAUUUAGAAAAGCAUUUGAGUUUUGAGUUCCUAGCCCAAUUAUGCAAAACCUCUGUGCCAUCUGCACCUGAACCAUAUGCCAGAAUGCCUACAUAAACCUUUUUAAUUAUGCUGUAGUAAAGAUGGUAAUAAAAUAUAUAAAUUUUAGAGGGCAGAGAGAUGGUUGCCAGGUUAUCAUUAACAUAUAUUUUUUUGCACUUUUGUGAAUUUGUAGGGCCAGAAUUAACUUUCCAUUAGCAGAAGGUCUCACAUUGAGCUACUUGCUUUCUAGACAAUUAUUCCCUAGCAAUACUGUCUAAUGACUACUCUUGAAGCAAUAAGUAAAGCCAUGCUAAUCUAGUCUGUGUAGAUUCUUGUACAACACCUAUUGUGUUAAUAAACUGCCUUUUAGCAGAACAUUAAAUGACAGAAUAACACCCUGUCAUGUAUUGUUUUUCCUUCUAUCCUCUUCCCCAGGGAAGAAGGGUAUGUGGUGGAAUCAAUGAUUUUGUGAGGUGUUGCCUUUUUGAUAUUUUUCUAAAAAUACAUAUUGCUACUUGUUUAAGUAAGGAAGAGCAAGAUCAGAACUAUAAACCAGGAUUAGAAAAGAGUUUUAGUUGUAAAGAGAGUAUUUUAAAGACUGCCCACUGAGUAGGACAGGUUUCCAUAUAUGUAAGAUAUACCCAGUAAUGAUAAAUAUGACAAUAAAGCAGGCAGAUAUAUAAUGGAUAACUUCUGCUUUAUACACAACUGUAAAUAGAUGCUAAAACUGAUUAAUACUCAGAGAGGAGGGAUACUGUUUAAUCCAUUUUGGCAUUUGUUUAUUACCAGUAUAUCUCUAAGGUAUUAUUUUUUACUUCCCCAAAGAGUCUGGAACAUACUGUUAAAUCAAUAUCAGAGUUUCUGAGCUUAUUGCAGAAGAACAUGGUUAGGAAUAAAUAACAACUCAAAGAGAGGUUUUUAAUAGAAAGAACACAUCAUAUGGAAAAGAGAAAAGAGCUAUGGACAUGUAUUUUUAUUUUUAAAGUUUCUAUGGCAUUUCUGAUUCAUAAAAAUCAUUCUGAAACUGUACACUUAAAGCACAGCUGCUUGGCUCAAGUUAUCUGCAUUUGCUAAGAAGAAAGAGGCAAAAUUUUCAAAGUCACAUAAGGGGCAUACUUCUUAAUUCCAUUUUCUCUGUUUAAACAUAACCUCUUUCUGAAGGUUGAACCUAAUGUUGCUGAAUGAUCCUGAGGUUCUGAAUGCCUAAAUAAGCUUUGCAAAUGUAGGUUAUAAAUUCAUAUAAUUUAUGCUCCUUUGAAAUGUUCAUACUGAUGUGUGAAAGCAAAUUCUAAAUAUCCAGCCAGCAGCAAAGGUGCAUUUUCCUAGUGUUAACCUGUGCUGGAUGAUGAAAUGUGGAAUUGUUUCUAAUCUAUGCAGGGUUUUUUACACCUUUUUUCAAGGUGAUGCUCCCAGAUGUGUUGCUGUGAGCAUAUGAAUGCUCUGGUCUUCAGUGGGGAUAAGGCUUGUUACCCACCUUUAUAAUGUUCUGAGGGAUCCUAAGGGAGAAAGCACUGCUCAGCCAACUCCAAUUUAGCUCAUCUACUGAGGGAGUGUCAAGCUGAGUCUAAGAUUUACUUUCCCAUUAAUUCUCUAAGUCUAAAGUGCCACAUGCAUGCUGGUGUUUAAGUGUGUAAGCAUUCCUCUCCAGAAACUUCUCACAGGUCCUGCAAAGUAUGUAGGUAAGAAGCCAAUGGAGAGAAAGCAGCUGAAGAAAGUGAAGUAUGUGUGUAGGAGAGAGCUGCUGUGCAUAGAUGUGUUGCUGAUUCUCAGCUUUCUUGUAUUUGGAAGUCAGAUGACCCAGAGAGUAUUCUGGGUAUGGUGCAAAAUGCAAGAAAGUGCUGUGCAUAAUGUCAUGAACUCUCAAGGCAUUAGGAUGAGUUUUAGAGCUCAUAAUCCUUGGAAUUUUAGUGGAAUUGCAUAAGAAGUGCAUUAUUUUAGAAGGGGGAAAGUUGCUUUGUAUUUUAAAUGAGAGUUGAAUCCCUAGUUGCAGAGGAAAAUUGUAGAGGAAAAGUCUAAAAAUUCUAAAUGCAAAAUGCAAAGAAGACUGUCCCUGUACCAUUUGACUUUUCUGGGGGUAGGACUCAGAAUUCUCCUAUGAGUUUCAUUACUGAAUGCAGACCUCGAGGUGAAAUGUUAAAACUGAAGUACUUUGCCAGCUGGUAGAAAUUUGGAGGUGAUAGUAAGAAUGCCUUUUAAAAAGUAUGUAGGGAUAUGGUACUUAAAUGUUAGCACGUCAAGAAAGUGGAAGCUCUUCUCCUUUAUAAGUAAAUAUUGUUUAGAAAUAUCUAAACUGAAAGAAAGCUUGGAAGACUACUGUAUCAUAACAAAAAGAUACAAAGUCUAUGACACGAUCUACAGCUCACACCAUUCCUUCUGAAACAGUCCUAUACAUGGAGUUUUCAGAAUCACAUUCAACCAACAGCUGUUUAUAGGUAAUUUCAGAGAGAGCAGUAUUUCACCAAGCACCUUCUGCAAAAAUCCCAAGCAGAUCUUUUUAGGUAAGGCCUAGAUUUAACUCACUUGGUUUAAGAGGUAGACUACACCCCAACGCACGGUUUUAAAUGUGCUUCCUAACAUGGGUCAGCAUUUUGCCUGUUACUGAACUCUAAAUAAAGCCCAGUCUAGACAAAAUUCCCAUCCCAAUACACAGCAUUUAUAUUGCCUCACUAGAAAAUCAGCAGUUCACUAAGUUCAGCCAUUAAUGUCUUUGAUGCUGCAGUAUUGCUUAUUAUUCUUACAUCUCACUCUGCCCAAGUUACACUGGGACCCAUUAUGCUCUAGAGCACCAAGGAGUCUGGCAAUUGCUGUAAGGUUGAGGGAAGUUCAGCUAAUCUAAAUUAAGGUAUUUAAAAAUUAUGUCUGGUCUGAGCUAGUCAAGUCAGUUUCCUCUACAGUCAGUGCAGACAUCCUGGCAUCUCAAAGAAUGAUAGACAGUUCCUGGUUAAAGUGUUUAGGAUGAGAUAAAUCACUGCCUCUCUCCCCAGUGACCACAGUGUGAAGGUGGAGGACUAGUUCAGAUUAGCUGCCAUACUGUAGGUGAGAUGAAUUCCACUGCUAUAAGAAUGUGAGGAUGUAAUAGGAUAAAACAGCAAAUAUGCAUGGAGAGAAACGUAUCAGGGACAGGGGCCAGGCUGCAGCCAAAGACUCAAAGGGUCAUGGUGGUAAAAUUAUUAAUAUUUAAGAUUUGAGAGAUCUGGCUAAGAGGUUUAUCCUAACUAAAAGAACAUACCUUUCAACUAAAAACUAAUAGUCUGUGAUUGUUUCCAACUCCCCACAUCUGGGCUAAGAAAAUACUGGUGUGUCACUCUUGUAGGCUCCACCAAGAGCCAUCUCUCCAUAUCACCACAUUAUUUACUGCUUGAUUCCUUCUUAGAAUAGUGGCAGUUGGAACAUUCCUACUUAAGGAGUCCAUCCCUCCCAGGGGUGGAUACUUGGUUUUGUUAACAUUGAAAUGGUCGUUUUUCCUCACCUCUUUUUUCUUUUCUGAAACAGUAUGUAGGUUGGUCUCUUCAGUCACUUGAUGGUCUCUGCAAUUGCUUGAGAAAGAACAGGGGAGCAGAGAGGGACAUGCUGGCUGAAUGUUCUCUCACUACAAUCAUAGCUACUAAAGCUUCUGUCUGACCUGUCUUAUAUUGUACUUGUGUUAUUAGGCACAAGAUUCUCUGAAAAGAUCUUGGGUCAGGCUGUGAACCAGAAGCAAGUGGGAAUAGCCAGGGCUGCCUCUCUGCUAUACUGCUCCCACACUUCUGCUUGCAAUUGCCAUUCUGAUCCUUAGACAUCUGUGGUGAUUUCCACCACAGUCCUGGUUAGGGAGGUCGUGGGAAAGUUCUUUUUGGGAAGAAGCAAUAGUAUGCAGUCCUCCACACUGUGAACUGUCACUCUCUCCAGAGAGAAGGAAUUAGAAAUAGUAUUGUCUGCAAGAGCUGAGAAAACUUGCAGAUUUUCCAUGUACAGUAAACAGUUUCUAUAAUUACCAGGAAAACAAAACAGAGAGGCAAGGUUGUGCAGCAGGGGCAUCCCGUCUCAUGCACACUGCUGUGAUAAUGAAAGCCAAACCCUGCAGAAUUGCAGGCGCAUUAUUUUCACUUGCUUUAAAGGUCAGCUAAGAAGCUAAUUUCUCAAAUGGGCUCAUAGCUCUGAGACAACGUAACACUAGUUGUUUUUUCCAAUGAAUUGCAGUUGUCAGAGAAACUGGAUUAGUAGCUCACGGAGCUAAAAAUAGACAUUAUGCGCUUGCCAGAGAAGAAUUAAUUCAGUAACAGAGGUGAAGGUAUAUCAAAAUAUCAUAACAUCUGGAGAAAGAAAAAAAAAAAAAAAAAACAAACAAAAAAUGCUCAACUGAAAGCAAGUUAACCGUAAAAUUACAUUAAAAAUAAUCUGAAUCACCAACUGGACAAAUGACAGGGUUUAGUCUUGAUUAUGUUUUAUUCACCUUCCAAAUCCACCUUGUGGUUGCUGCUUUAUCAGCUGCAUCAGUUUGGCCACAGUCUUUCCAAAGCCAUGUACCUCAAGUUAGGCAGUGAAAGUCAUUAUGUUCAAGCUAUUAUUUGAAUAUUGAAAAAAAACCCAGUCUUUGGCUUAACAUUUUUAUUGGAGGGGGUGUGUGGUGUAGAUAAUUUAUUGCUAAACUUAUUCAAUAGAAAAAUAAAAACUAAAUUCCCAAAGCCCAAAUCUAAUAAGAGAGCUACAGUGGAAGCAACUUUCCAAACCUCAGCAUGUCUUUACUAAAAUGUGGAUACUUAUUUUUCAUUACAUCAAACAUUUGCGUUUUAAAGAAUUCUGUUUUAUACUAUGAUUUUGCAAAAUUGUAUUACUGCUUGCUUGGACUUAGAAAAAAAAAUAAAA